ACUAUGGAGGACGAAGUGGAACAUGGAUCAAUCUAGUGUAAAAAGAGAAACCUGUAAAAAUCUUUGGGAAGUCAAAAGCUCUCUGUAUUUCUCUCUUGUUUGUGUUUGUUUGGAACCUUCAUCCAUGGCAGGCUCCAUAAAAUUGCUCUUCUUGUUAUUGAUAUCACUUUCUUUCACCUAUAUUACAUCAGAGCCAGAGCCAGAGCCUCAACGUUUUUCUUUGGAAGAUAUACUUGACCAACUCAAGUCCCAUAUCUCUGUGUUAGUUAAUUAACUCCUGGUCAUUGAGAUACAUGUUUUGGCAUUCAGUUUGACUACCUCAUUGACCAUGCUCUUUCUUCUUCUUCAUGUUGAUAAAGAGUCAAGGAUUGAUGACAGAACCCGUGAAAUAAGAAGCAAGGAUGAGAAAAUUAGACAGAUGGAGAUGAUCAUUCAUGAGAAAUCCAAAAGCAUUGAUUCAUUAAUGAGUGAGAUAGAAUCACUCCAGCCAAAAGGAGUCAUAGAUGUCAAAGAACAGUCAAGUAAAUCAUAUGCUCGGAUCGGUGAACUUGAGAAGCAGGUUGACAAACUUAGAAAGGAAUUAGAAUCACAAAGUCAGGAAAAAGAUUCUGUUGAAAUCCGAGCAUAUGUAGCUGAGAAAAAAAACAAAGAGCUUAGUUUGAAAUUAGAAACUGUUCAGGUUCAUGGAGAAUGGUUUCCACAUUGGCUUACAGUUUAUUUUUCUAAUUUUAAGUACCAUGUGGUGACUCACUGGGAUGAACACGGGAGACAAGCCUUGGACAUGACAGUUCAGAAGGUGCUAGAAAAGAAAUCUCAAUUUGACAAGUGGGCCGAGCACCACACUGAAACAAUUUAUAAUAAAUGGAUCCCCAUGUUCAAGGACUGGUUGUUGAACUGUAUAAGCUAUCUUUGGGAAUGCAUUCCACCACAAACUACCAAGUGUGAUGAGCUCUUCCAUGCAUGGAAGAAGACUGCAUUACACCAUGCUAUCAACGUACAAGAAAUGGCUGGUCCUUGCUUGAAAGAAGCAAGGAAGUUUACUCAGCCAUGCAUCAACCAGGUUGCAAAAAUGACAAGAUCCUUAGUUAAAAGGGCGGUGGCAGCAAUAAGGACGAUGAUAGGGUUGAUGGUGAAGUGGUGGUAGGGCAGGAGUAGAGCAAGGAUAUUAGAAAUAAUUGAAUGAUAUUGUUUAUUAAUUAUUGUAAAAUAUUUUAUGGUUUUAUGCAUUUAAAAAUAUUUUUUAAUAAAUUAAUUAAGUUUACA